AUGGAAUUUAACGAUGAAAUUCCGACAGUCGUUGGUGGUGUGGACACUGUCACAUUAACCAAUGAAUCAAAUAUUGUACAUAGUACCAAACGUAAAACCAUUGCAGCAAGCACAUCGAAAGAUCUGAGACACUCGGCUAAAAACCAGAUGCAAAUGAAGAUGAGAUUCAAGUGCCAACUAUGUCCAUACUCCAGUUAUAAAAACCACAUCAAUCGUCACAUGCGUACUCACACCGGUGAGAAACCAUAUCAAUGUGAUAUUUGCCGCAAAGGAUUCACAACUCUGCAAAGCGUGAAGAGGCACAAAAUGACGCAUACUGAUGAAAUCCCGUUCCAUUGCCGUGGCUGUUACACUGGAUUUUCACAAGAGAUCGACCAA